ACGAGAGAUCGUUUACCGUGUUUGCAUUCUAGUAUAUACUGACUAGAAUAUAGCCCAGCACAAUUCCUGCUAAAGUGUAAGAGAAAGGACCAAAUCAGAAAAAAAAAAUAAAACUUAGCACUAAAUAUUAAUUAAAAAAGGAUAAGAGUCGCAAACGAGGAGUUCCAACCACAAAUCAUCUCUGUCAACGAAGCUUGCGCAUAUACAACCUUGAUACAUAAUGUCGGAGAAUACGUGUAGAAUAUGUCGUGGUGAGGCUACAGAAUCACAACCACUUUUGCACCCAUGUAAAUGCCGUGGUUCUAUCAAGUACACUCAUCAAGACUGUCUUCUUGAAUGGCUUAACCAUUCCAACAAGUCUACUUCAAAGUGUGACAUUUGUAACACCCCAUACAAGUUCCGUACAAUAUAUGACCCGCAGAUGCCUAAGACAAUCCCUGUGCGUCUUGUAUGGGAGAAGCUUGUACUGACAGUUGUUGGUGGUAUUACAAAUCUACUUUGGGUGUUUCUAUACAUUGCUUGUAUCGUGGUACAAAUUCCUCUUUAUUGGAAGUUUAUUGGCCGGGUGUUUACAUGGACUUUGGAUGGACACCUUCCACAGGAAAACAAUCUGAGCUUAUUUGUUGCCUUGCUCUUUGGUAGUCACGAAUGGAUGCCUGAAACCAAUGCAUCUCUAUCAACUGUCCAAAUUUUUGGAUAUGCUUUGAAAAAGUUCAUUGUACAUACCUACUUGCCAGGGUUAUUAUAUGUGACACUGUUUAUCCUUGCCCACAUUGCAUUAUUUAUCGUUCACGAAUACGUUGUUCGAGACAAGGGGUUCAACCCUUUAUUAUUGAGAGAAAUUGGUGAAGAACCUCAAGUGAAGUUGUUGGAAGUAUUGGAAAAACUACUUGCGAAUAUAAGAAGAGGGGAAAAUAAUGUUGAUAACGAAGCUUCUGAACAUGUAAGACCACGUGCAGACCUUGCUGCUCCAAACGCUGCUGGUCCUGCCGAUGACAUGGUGAGAAGGGCACUUCAUGACUUACAAAAUGAAGACUACAAUGAUGCCCUCUUUAAAGAGGAACUUCUUCGAGGUUUCAUUGACGAGCGCUGGGAUGGCCAACCAAGACCGGUGGCUGCUGAAGAAGAUGCCAAUGGAAACUUUGCCCCAACUGAAGCCCUAGUAGAAAAUCAAAAUGGUGUUGCUGAAGAUCCUGCUUAUACUGAAGAAGGACUUCGCAGAUUUAUUGACAAUCAAUUGGAAAGUAAUAGAAAUGAAAAUGUAAAUGCUCAACCUGCUCACUUUGAUGCUGCUGAACAUUUUGCGUUCAACUUUGAUGAAGAUGACCUCAAUCUGGAUGAUGAAGAAGCUGAUCCUUUUCUACAUGAUGUUAGACGCCCGGAAGCAAUGGAUGCGUUACCAAUACCCCGUCGUCGGGCAUUAUUCAAUCAACUUCCAGACCGUCGUCCUCAGCCACCACCCCAACAGCAAGCACAAAGAAACCUUGAAAACAUCCUCCAAGAAGCAGCAAGAGCUCGAAACGCUGAAGAUCAACCUAGAGAAAAUGAGAACAAUGCUAACAACAAUGCAAAUGCAGGAGAACUUGGUGAAGAAGAAGUUAAUGGUGAUUUCCUCGACCUUCUUGGAAUAAACUUCAACAAUCUCCGUACUCCUAUUUAUCUAAUGGCUUUAGGUAACUCGAUCAUAUCUGUGUAUCUUUUCCUUGCCUAUUUAGUUCCCCAUAUGAUUGGUAACUUUAUCACUGGCAUUAUAGGAAAUGUGUUUAAAUUAUUGCUCCUCAUUGACAAACUUCCAUUUCCUCAAUGGUCCAAAACACUCACCACUGGAAAUGAAUCAGUUGACACUGCCCUCUACGUUAUAAACAAAAUGUAUGUUAAACCUGCUUUUGCUACUGUGGAGAGAAUUUUUGAUCCACAGCAUUCGAAUCCUGGUCUCUUCGAGAGAUUCGUCUUCCUCACCAUUGGUUACAUGUUCUUUGUUGGGGCAAUCCAUCGUUUCAUGAAGAAAAUAUUAAAUUCGUCCCGUAAACCAAUAAUGGGUACUCCACGUAAGGUUUACAAAAUUUUAUUUGAAAUUGCAGUAACUACAAAAGUGUUUGUGGUAUUUUUUGUUGACAUUGUCUUUUUCCCAAUAUAUUGUGCUUGGUUGUUGGACUUUUCUGUUUCUCCAUUAUUCUUCAAGAAUCUCACUAAGCCUGAUCCUACUGAUGGGACAUAUGUAUUCACAGUGUUUUGGUCAGAGUGGAUCCAUGAACAUGCUGGAAUAUUCGCUCAAUUUGUAUUUUAUUGGCUUAUGGGAACUCUCUAUAUGGUGUGUCUCACUGUUUUUGUCGGGAUGGUGAGAGACCGGAUCGUUCGUGGAGGUGUAUUAUGGUUUAUCCGUUCUCCAGAUGACCCUGAUCCUAAAUUGGUUAAUGAUACGCUUAAGAAACCUCUUAAACUGCAGCUUUCUCGUAUUAACUUGUGUAUUCGGAUCUAUUUUGGUUUCAUCGUCAUAUUUAUCGGUGGUGUAAUCUGGCUGCUUCAUUGGGGCUUCUCCGGUGAUGAGAAUACAAAGGCAACUAUUUUACCUAUACAAGUUCCUCUUAAUAAGUCUGCGUUGAUUGUUUACAUUCUGUUGGCAUUGUCGUUCAAUGAACGGAAAUUAGUUACCCAAUAUUGUCGACUUUAUUGGACUAAAGUCUUUGAAUUGGCCACUCAUAAGCUAAGACUCUCGCAUUUUAUCUUGGGUAGAGUUAUCCCCCAGGAACGUGGCUAUGUCGUUUACCGUAACAUGUGGCAACAAAUACUUGCUGUAGCAGUUCCAGAUUAUUCUCAACCGGUUAGUUACCGUGGAGCCUUGCGUAUAUUUGAGGAAAAUCCUUCCGUCAAUGCAUGUUUUGUUCCUGAUGGGAAUUAUGUCAGAGCUCCGGAAUAUGAUACUGCCAAUAGAAGUUAUGUUCGUACACUCUUUGUUCCAGUGACCAAAGAUGAUAAGUUGUUAUCAUCCUCAGCUGCGACAGCACCAACUGCCACCAACUCGGACAAUCUGGAUGAAGAUGGAUAUGAUAGUGACUCGUCGUUGGAAGAAGGUAAGAUUCAAAACUCGUAUAUUGUUGUCUAUCGUCCUCCUAAUUUCAAGAUGAGAUGCUUUGGAUUGAUUGUUUUGUUAUGGUUGUUUGCUGUCUUACUUAUUCUCUCUGUGGUCUUCCUUGGACUCAUCUUGGGUAGACCAAUGUUAAAGGCUGGAGAUGUGGCAUAUAAUGCAUUCUUACUGUAUGGACUUAAAAUGUUUGCUGGUCUUGAAGGAGCAACCAUGUCUGUUCCUUCUUCUGAAAAUGCAUUUGAUUGGCAUUGUGCAGACUUAGUCUCUCUCUUACUUGGAGUGAAAUUGGAAUGUAUUUUCCUUAAAUAUUAUCAUGGAGAAUCUGAUGAUCAAGUUGUCAAUGAGGUUCAACAAGAAGCCGCAGGACCAAACGCUGUUGAUGUUACAAUGCUCACAUUUAGUUAUUUCUUCACUUUCCUCCUCUGGAUGCAAUGGAUUGCCUCGGUCCAUAAACAGUGUGUUGAUAUACCUUUGCGUUUGGCAUUGGGACUUCUGUCGGUAUCAUCCAAUGACAACUCGUCGUACCUGAACGAAUUUAUUGUCACCAAACUUACUAUUGCCGUCCAUCUCUUUGUUGGUCUUUUCACAGUUUUGCCCUUUUGUAAAUUGGCAGUUUCUAUUGGCCGCGGUUACUUUGCUGGUGGUGAAAACAUGGAUACUCCCAGAUUUGUUUGGAAGAAGUGUGCGUUGCCAGUACUUGCAAACUUUUUGAUUACUCAUUUCCCCACCUUGAUUGCCAUGGUGCAGACAUAUUUAUAUUCUGAGUCCUCCAUUAGUGUCAAACUGUAUGCGUCUGCGUUGGCCGUGCUUAUUGUUUACAAGGUGGUGACGGGUGCUCUGGCAUUAUUGAAGAAUAUCAACGCCAAGGUCAAAAACGAGAAAUAUGUACAAGGAAAAGCUAUAGAGAAUAUGGAGUAGAUAGUUAGUUCAUUAGGAAUGUAAAUAGACUAUAUGUAAAUAAAGGGCCCUGUUCCUUCCAGUUCUGUAACUUGUUCAAAGGUUAUGUGAUUAUUAUUUCUUCCUUUAUCAUUGCUGACUUAUACCGUAAAAAGGCAGACAUGUCAGAACUCUUUUUCGAGACAAGUGCCACAAGAAUCUAGUUCUCGCCUCCCAUGAGAAGUCAUGGUUUGGAAAAAAGUUCGCCACCUACUUGUCAUUGCCUUACUCUCUUGUUAAAAUGAGUGCUAGUCAA